AGCCCCACCAUCCUUUUGGGAGACACGGACCAGAGCUCUAGUCUGCACUCCGCAGGCAGGCAAGCACGCAAAGCUGCCGGCGUCCUGAGAUGGCGGCGACCCUUCCCGUUCCCUACGCCCUACGGCUACGCGCCCCUCUUCCCAUGUCGCGGCGAAUUCCCCGUAAGCCAUCAUUCUCCUGUAACAGGGCAUGCCGCGCCGGCGUCCGCUGCUCCGCCGCAAACAAGCCCUCCCCUCCUCCCCCGACCACUCCGGAUAGCAGCGAGGUAAGCUCCAUUGCGAAGAUACGGAGUGAGGUCCUCUCCCCGUUCCGGUCGGUGCGGAUGUUCUUCUACCUCGCGUUCAUGGCCAGCGGCACGCUGGGGGGCCUCAUCGCGCUCACGCGGCUCCUCCCGGCGCUGUCCGGGUCCGACCCCGCGAGCGCGGCCAGCACGCUCAAGGGCCUGGGCAUCGACGUCGCGGCCGUCUCGCUCUUCGCCUUCCUCUACUCGCGCGAGAGCAAGGCCAAGGACGCCCAGGUGGCCAGGCUCGCGCGGGAGGAGCGCCUGUCCAGGCUCAGGCUCCGGCUCCGCGCCGGCGCCGCCGAGGGCGCGGGUAGCAGCAGGCCGUUCACGCUCGGCGAGCUGCGGGGCACUACGCGGCUCGUCAUCGUGGCGGGGCCCGCCGAGUUCGUCGCCGAGUCGUUCCGCAGGAGCCAGCCGUUCCUGCGGGAGCUCGCGGAGAGGGCCGUGCUGGCGGUGCCCUUCGCCACGGACGGCAGCACGCCCGAGCUGCGGCUGGACGAUGGGGGCGACGACGAGGACGGCGUCGACGACGACGUUGCCAGGAGGAGCAAGAGGCUGUGGCAGCUCACUCCGGUGUUCACGACCGAAUGGGCGCAAUGGUUAGACGACCAGAAGAAGCUGGCCGGCGUGCCAUCUGAUUCCCCCGUGUACCUCUCCCUCCGAAUGGACGGGCGCGUCCGCGGCAGCGGCGUGGGGUACCCGCCGUGGCAAGCGUUCGUGGCGCAGCUACCGCCGGUGAAAGGGAUGUGGUCGGGUCUUCUUGACGGGAUGGACGGCAGGGUGCUCUAGGCCAACAACGUGAUAAUUGAUAAGGACCCCCAUUUUUGCCGUGCCUAGUUUAGCUAGAUGUAACCGGUGCUUAUAAGGAUGUUUUACUUGCUUGUCCAUAAGCAGAGUUGAAAUUGAGAAAUUAAGCACUACUUGUAUAGUAAUUACAGUACCACAAUAGCACGUGGACGUAAAACCAAAGACAUCAUGUGUAUUGGCAAUCUUCCUGUAUGCUACACGCCUAUACCCGCUGUAAAUUCGCUACCCACCUAAGAGCUUGUUUGGUUUGUAGUCCACGGUGUCUACACACUAAACAUGACCAGAGAUCGGACCAGGAUCAGUGGCACUUGUGUUUCGUC